AGGUACAUCAGCAUCUCGCUUGACUUGGAUCCCAGCAAUGCUUACUGCCAUAUUCUCAAGGGCCGAUGGUGUUAUGAAGUGUACAAUCUAUCUUGGGUUGAACGUCAAAUCGCAACGCGUUUAUUUGCAACGCCACCUUCGGCCACUCUAGAAGAAGCUAAGUCUGAGUUUCUCGAGGCUGAGCGCUUGGCUCAAAAUCAAUGGGCGGUCAACGCAAUCUUCCUCGCUCGCUGCUAUUAUGCUGAAUCAAAUUACGAAUCUGCCGUACAGUGGCUAAAUUCAGCCAAUAGAAUCCUCAAUCAAGCGAUAAUUUCCACUGAUGACGAUAAUAGUCAAGAGGUUGAUGAGAAUAACUCAUCGAGCGUGGAGCAUGUUGUCCCAGAAACCGUUCUCAGACGAAGCACCUCUAUCGAGGUUUUCUGCCAAGAUCAAAAUAACUCAUCUCCUCAAAUCUCACCAAAUCGUAGAAUUCAUUCCGCAAAUCCAGUGUUAAAUACUGUAUCUCCCCUUGAAUCAAUAGAUCCGUCAUUUCUCGAAUUUUUACCUGGUUCUCAUAAAUCAUUUGAACCAAAUCAACCAGAGUCUUCACAUGAAUCACUUAAAUCGAAUCAACAAGCCUCUGUUCCAUUUCAGAGUGGUAACAGCGGGGCCUAUGAAUUCAGACUCUUAAAAAAUAUCCACGUCAAUCAGCAUUUCUCGUUCUUAUUAAAGUUAGAUCAUCGUAACGAUCCUCCAUCAAUCUCCAGAGUUCCUGAAUCAGUGCCACACCUUCUCCACUUAGCAAAAAUUCCUGACACUUCAAAUAACCAUCUAAUGGAAGGCGACAUUUCUCCACCGAAACUUUUAAGAACUGAAUUACCCACAAAUGUUGAAGAACCAAGUGCUCAAAAGGUUUGA